CACCAACUUCCCUUAACAAGCACCACCUCGAGGAAUUGAACAGACACAUGUCUGUCACCGAAUUGAUACUGCAACGAAGACAUGACAUCCUAUGAUUAUGACAACCCCACCAGCAGCUCCAGCAGUGCUUCAUCACCAUGAUUACACAAUCGGGUGGAUCUCCGCUCUGCCCUUGGAGAUGGCAGCUGCGGCCGCCAUGCUCGACGAGAGACACCCCGAUUUGCCAACCAAGCCGAACGACGACAACACCUACAUACUUGGACGGAUCCAUGUCCACAACGUGGUCAUCGCCUGCCUUCCCUCCGGCGUGUAUGGCACAACAUCAGCCGCCACCAUUGCGAGCCAAAUCCGCUUGACGUUCCCCUCGAUUCGAAUCGGAUUGAUGGUCGGCAUUGGCGGUGGAGUCCCUGGAACGUCGGAGGAUGUCAGGCUAGGAGAUGUGGUUGUCAGCAAGCCAACAAGGGAUUAUGGGGGCAUUGUACAAUACGAUUAUGGAAAGUCGUUGGCCGGGGGAGUAUUCGCUCGACAAGGAGUGCUUAACAAGCCCCCGCCUAUCCUUCUAACCGCUAUUUCUCGAUUGCAGGCCGCGCACUUGACCAGACCAAGUCAAAUCUCAUGGCUCGUGUCGCAAGCCGCUCGGUCCUCUUGUUUCGCACACCCUGGCGCUGACCGUGACAUCCUUUUCGAUUCCGAAUAUGAUCACCUAAAUCCAGAAAGCACCUGCACGGACUGUGAUUCGAACAGACACAUGAAACGGUCAAUUCGCGCUUCGCAGGAUCCGAAGAUCCAUUACGGGCUUAUCGCGUCUGCGAAUCAGGUCAUGAAGGACGGUCCCUUGAGGGACAAGCUGGCCCGCGAACUUGGCAUACUUUGCUUUGAGAUGGAGGCUGCAGGCCUGAUGGACAGCUUUCCGUGUCUGGUUGUCCGAGGCAUUUGCGACUACUCGGACUCUCACAAGACUAAGGAGUGGCAAGGAUAUGCAGCGGCAACAGCCGCCGCCUACACCAAGGAAUUGCUAUCGAUCAUCCAUGGAAAACAAGUCGAGGACGAACCAUCUAAGCUCUCCGACGACAGUAAGAGGUUAUGUCUGGCGUCACAUGGUGAUCUCUUAAUUGAUCUCGUCUGCUAGUACCAUACCUUUUUGGAGCACUCUCGCCGACCCCGCACUCGUCUCGGAGUGUAACUUCACAGCGCAGCCGUGAGUUUUGAUGCCAAGUCAGGGCUGAACAGCUGCUAAUUGCAUGAAGAAUAUGACGAACAAGAGGAGCUCCUGGAACAGAUUUCUAGUUACCAGCACGAACAGGUUCAUAGAAGGCUUGCGCAUAAAAGACUGACUGGUACUACUCAAUGGUUCUUGGAAAAUUUUGAAUUCAAGGCGUGGUCGGAGAGACGCUCGAACAAGUUAUGGUGCACCGGGAAAAUUGGGUCUGGAAAGACAGUGAUCGCG